GCCUCGCUCGCGCGCGUCUGCGGGCUGAGCCCCGUCCCCGGAGCCUGCGGCGGCCGGGCCUGCGGCGGGCCGGCGUGCGCUGCUCAGCUCCUCCCCAGCCCCGCCGGUGCCGGCGACACCCGGACGCGGGGAGUGCGGGAUUUUGAGUCCCCCCCCCCGACUUCGGGUUGGGGGAGCGCGGGGAAGGCCCACGUGGUUUACUUUUCUGUUUGCGGACAGGGCAAAGUUCGCGUCUUCCACUUUUCCCCGCUCCCGGGUGAUAUUUAUAAACUACUGUAUACUAACUCGAAGCAGGGCAAGUGUCCAGAGGAUGGUUGGGAUGAAAGUACACUUGAACUCUUUUUACAUGAACUUGCAAUCAUGGAUAGCAACAAUUUCCUGGGCAAUUGUGGUGUGGGAGAAAGGGAAGGGAGAGUGGCAUCUGCAUUAGUUGCUCGGCGACAUUACAGGUUCAUUCAUGGAAUUGGACGAUCGGGUGAUAUUUCUGCUGUGCAACCCAAAGCUGCAGGUUCUAGCCUUUUGAACAAAAUUACCAAUUCUUUGGUCCUGGACAUCAUAAAGUUGGCUGGUGUCCACACAGUGACCAACUGCUUUGUAGUUCCGAUGGCAACUGGUAUGAGUCUAACCCUGUGUUUCUUAACAUUACGACACAAAAGACCAAAAGCAAAGUAUAUUAUAUGGCCACGAAUAGACCAGAAGUCCUGCUUUAAAUCCAUGAUCACUGCAGGUUUUGAGCCUGUGGUGAUAGAGAACGUUUUAGAAGGUGAUGAGCUACGCACAGACCUGAAAGCAGUGGAGGCUAAAGUCCGGGAACUUGGGCCCGAUUACAUUCUGUGUGUUCAUUCUACUACAUCCUGUUUUGCUCCAAGGGUGCCUGAUAGAUUGGAAGAACUGGCUGUGAUUUGUGCUGAUCACGGCAUUCCACAUAUAGUCAACAAUGCUUACGGAGUGCAGUCUUCAAAGUGCAUGCACCUCAUUCAGCAGGGGGCUCGAGUUGGUAGAAUAGACGCUUUCGUUCAGAGCUUGGACAAAAAUUUUAUGGUUCCAGUAGGUGGCGCUAUAAUUGCUGGCUUUAAUGAUUCCUUCAUUCAGGAAAUCAGCAAGAUGUAUCCAGGAAGAGCUUCAGCUUCACCUUCUUUAGAUGUCCUUAUUACUUUAUUAUCACUUGGAUCGAAUGGCUACAAGAAGCUAUUAAAAGAAAGAAAGGAAAUGUUUUCAUAUUUGUCCAACCAACUAAAGAAGCUGUCAGAAGCCUACAAUGAAAGACUGUUGCAUACACCUCACAAUCCCAUAUCUUUAGCUAUGACACUUAAAACACUAGAUAAACACUGUGACAAAGCUGUCACUCAGCUUGGCUCCAUGCUUUUUACCAGACAGGUUUCUGGAGCCAGGGUUGUACCUCUUGGGUCUGUGCAGACUGUGAGUGGCUACACUUUCAGAGGCUUUAUGUCACACACAAAUAAUUACCCUUGUGCUUACCUCAAUGCCGCAUCAGCCAUUGGACUGAAGACACAGGAUGUGGACUUGUUCAUAAAGAGACUUGACAAGUGUUUAAAGACAGUAAGAAAAGAACAAAAUAAAGAGAGUGAUGUAUCUGGAGUUGACAAUUAUGACAAAACUGAAGAUGUGGAUACAGAAGAAAUGGCUUUAAAACUAGAUAAUGUACUUCUUGACACAUGUCAGGAUUCUUCUUGAUGACAUGUUGAAGGGUUUCUUUUUGAUAAUUUGAGAGAAGGGAGGCUACAAUAUAUGCUAGCAGGUUAA